UUCGUUCUUUUCAAGUCCUUUCUCUGCGUUCCUGGAAUUGAGAAACACAAUGCAGUGUGUGAACAGGACUUUUAUUUUGGAGUGACGCCAUGACGUCAUAAGACUGCGCCGUGCUGCUGCAUCUGUUGUGAUUCUGCUGAAGAGAGUAAAAAUCGAUAGAAACGGUUAACUCUGUUAAUUAUUCUCUUAUUAAUUAUGGCGUUUAUUAAAGAGGAGUCUGAAGACAUGAAGAUUGAAGAAACAUUCAGUGUGAAACAUGAAGAUAUUGAGGAACAAACAGACCUAACAGCACUGAAAGAGACAAGUCAUAAACCUAAUGAAAGGGAAGAAGAGAAAGAACAUAAUGAUAAACAUCACAAUUUCAUGACUGGGGAAAGAUCUACACAGGCUAAAAAGACUUUCUCACAAAAAAGAGCUCAAAAGACAGGAACUAAAAGAUAUUUCACCCGCCAACAGUGUGGACAGAGUUUUACUGUAAAAGGAAACCUUAAAGACCACAUGAGAACUCACACUGGAGAGAAACCCUUCACCUGCCGGCAAUGUGGACAGAGUUUUAGUCAAAAAGGAAGCCUUAUAGCCCACAUGAGAAUUCACACUGGAGAAAAGCCUUACACCUGCCAACAGUGUGGACAGAGUUUCAGUCAAAAAGGAAGCCUUAUGGUCCACAUGAGAAUUCACACUGGAGAGAGCCCAUUCGCCUGUCAAGAGUGUGGAAAGAGUUUCACUGUAAAAGGAAACCUUAAAGACCACAUGAGAAUUCACACUGGAGAUAAACCUUUCACCUGCCAACAGUGCGGAAAGAGUUUUUGUCAAAAAGGUAGCCUUAAAGUCCACAGAAGAAUUCACACUGGAGAAAAGCCUUACACCUGCCAACAGUGUGCACAGAGUUUCAGUGAGAAAGGAAACCUUAAAGUCCACAUGAGAAUUCACACUGGAGAAAAGCCUUACAUCUGUACUCUGUGCGGGAACGGCUUCACACGGGAACAAAGCCUUAGGGAACACAUGAAUAUUCACACUGGAGAGAAGCCUUACAUCUGCCAACAAUGUGGACAGAGUUUCAGUGGAAAAGGAAAACUUGAAAUCCACAUGAGAGUUCACACUCGAGAGAAGGCUUACUACACCUGCCAACAGUGUGGAAAGAGUUUCUAUGAGAAAGGAAACCUUAUAGCCCACAUGAGAAUUCACACUGGAGAAAAGCUGUGCACCUGCCAACAAUGUGGAAAGAGUUUCAGUGGAAAAGGAAAACUUGAAAUCCACAUGAGAAUUCACACUGGAGAAAAGCCUUACACCUGCCAACAAUGUGGAAAGAGUUUCAGUCAAAAAGGAAGCCUUACAGUCCACAUGAGAAUUCAUACUGGAGAGAGCCCAUUCGCCUGUCAAGAGUGUGGACAGAGUUUCACUGUAAAAGGAAACCUUAAAGACCACAUGAGAAUUCACACUGGAGAGAAACCUUUCACCUGUCAGCAAUGUGGGAAGAGUUUCAGUCAAAAAGGUAGCCUUAAAGUCCACAUGAGAAUUCACACUGGAGAAAAGCCUUACACCUGUCAACAGUGCAGACAGAGUUUCAGUGAGAAAGGAAACCUUAUAGUCCAUAUGAGAAUUCACACUGGAGAAAAGCCUUACACCUGUCAGCAGUGUGGACAGAGUUUCAGUGGAAAAGGUAAACUUGAAAUCCACAUGAGAGUUCACACUCAAAAGAAGGCUUAUUACACCUGCCAACAGUGUGGAAAGAGUUUCACACAUAAAGGAAGCCUUAAAGUCCACAUGAGAAUUCACACUGGAGAAAAGCCUUACACCUGCCAACAGUGUGGAAAGAAUUUCACAUAUAAAGGAAGCCUUAUAGUCCACAUGAGAACUCACACUGGAGAGAGCCCAUUCACCUGCCAACAGUGUGGACAGAGUUUCACUGUAAAAGGAAACCUUAAAGACCACAUGAGAAUUCACACCGGAGAGAAACCUUACUCCUGCCAGCACUGUGGAAAGAGUUUCAGUCAAAAAGGAAGGCUUAAAGUCCACAUGAGAAUUCACACUGGAGAAAAGCCUUACACCUGCCAACAGUGUGGACAGAGUUUCUGUGAGAAAGGAAACCUUAUAGCCCACAUGAGAAUUCACACUGGAGAAAAGCCUUACACCUGUCAGCAGUGUGGACAGAGUUUCAGUCAAAAGGGAAGCCUUAAAGACCAUAUAACAACUCACACUGGAGAAAAGCCUUACACCUGCACUCUGUGUGGGAAUGGCUUCACACGGGAACGGAGCCUUAGGGAACACAUGAAUAUUCACACUGGAGAGAAACAUUUUACAUGUGAUCAAUGUGGAAAGAGUUUCAGAUUUAGAGGUGACCUUAAGUGCCACAUGAGGAUUCACUUGAAAGAGAACUCUUUUAGAAGUCGUCACUGUGGAAAUAGAAGAGGUGUAAAGAGUACCUGAAAACAAUACUUAAGUAAAAGUACAGAUACCUUACAUCAAAAAUGACUACAUUACAAGUUAAAAGUCACCAAUUCUAAUACAACUUGAGUAAAAAUCUUGGAGUAUCUGAUUUUAAAAGUACUUCAGUAUUUUACUCAUGUUGAAUUUAGGCUCAAAGAUGCACUAGUCCUCGGUACCUGAGAGACAUGCCAGUAAAAAUGAACAAUUGAUUUGAUUGAUGAGAAAUCAAUGUUUGUUUUCUAAAAUCAAAAUAAAACUGAACACCUCAAUAUUGCAAUAAAUCAACGCUGACACAACAGCCUCUCAAAAGUCUACAAACUCUCAAGUCUCAGUUAACCCUCUGGAGUCUGAGGCUGAUUUAGGGUCCUGGUGUAGUUUUGACAUGCCCUGACAUUUGUGCUUUUUUCAGUUGCUUAUAAACAUAUUAAUUACAAAAGUCUAAUUACACCAUAUUCAGCAGAAACUUGGCUACAAUAAUAUGUGAGCAAAUAUAUGUGAAUAGUAUCCUGAGCAACAAGUAUGUACAUGUUUAUGUUUUUUGAGAGAAUUACGUAUAUGCAUGGUUUUUUGAAAAAAACUAAAAAAAUAAGUCACUGAAAUAAGGCCUCAAAAUACACACUAAAUGAGUUUUUGCUUUAAAAUGAUGUGGAAAUCAUCCUGUCUACUCGGACACCUAAAACAUUGUAUUGAUUUAAAAAAGAUAUUUUUUGUUGACACAGGCCGUAUGCGAAGAGGCAUGAAUCCUUAUGAAUAAUGCUGUGAUUCACACCUGAGGAAAUUAAGACCCUGCCCCUAAUGAGCCGCAUAAUGAGCCAUUCAGUAAGGAAUGUGACUGAGUGAACUAAGAAAGAAUGCAAUGACAAAAGAAAUAUAUCUUUUUUUUGUUUGUUUAAAGUUUAUUUACAAUAUAGUUAACAUAUAAAGUUAUUUGAAUAUACCACAUUUACUGCAGCAGUUGGUGCCUAUAUGAUCAAACCACAACAGCCACAUCCAUUCAUCUAAAUUUAGAUGAAUUUCAUGUCAUAGAAUGUCAUAGGUCAAUUUCAAAUGAUUGCAGGAUAUCAUCCUAAUCUGCCAUGUCUAUGUUUUUCUCAGACUACCUCUAUGAAAAUUCCAGCGCAAAUUAUAUACUGUUAUUUGCUCAAACUCCACAGUGCUAAUCCAGUCUUAAUGCGAAUGUCUGUGAUUGCUGAUGUUGUAUUAUUCUAACAAAUCUCUUCAUGUGUUUUUUGACCUCCCUGAACUAUCGUUUGUGCACCAGUCUUAUGCUCCAAAAGCAUGCUUUCAUUUAAUUUCAAUAUAUUUUAAUAUCAGUCUCAGGUAAUAGUAAGGUACAUGUCUAAAUUUUUCUGCUCACUUAUGCAAGUUUAUUUUAAAUGGCCUUUUUUAUAAAAUCAAGUGAAAUGUACUUAAAUUAUAUCAAAUAUUUAAUUUAAAGACAUGGUGUACAUGAUGUUUGCAAACACAGCACAUGACUUUCUAUAACACCCAUGUAUUAGAAAACACUCUCCUCUGUCAAAAUAAAACAAAGAUUUAAGUCUUGUAUGAAUCAGAAAAUGAAAUCACAGGUGUUGGUAAUAAUAAUUGUACCUCAAAUGACAUUUGAAAAGUAGUCCUGUCUAAAUAGUGAUAUAAUGUCAUUGUUCAAUUUCAAAUGAGUGUGAAGUUAUCAUUUGCAGUUCAAUAUUUCUAUAAAUUUAUCAAAAAAUGGGUAAACACACACACAAACAGGUUUGUUUUUGUGA